AAUUACGUUUACAACAGUAGUGUAUCUGAGUUAUACCAAAUAAUAAUGACUUUGAAAAUAAUAACUAUCAAAGUAAUAUGUAUUCUUUCUAUAUUGUCUAGACUUUCGUUGUCUAAGGACAUAUUGGUUCAACCUAUACGUCACGUACUCCAAAUUACUGACCUAAGUUUAAAAAUUAAUGAAACAGUUGGUAAGUUAAUUCACUUAGAUCAUAAACACUACAUGGAUAAAGAAAUAAUUGACAUGGACUUGAUAAUUUAUGAUAAUUUUUUAUUAUAUUAUGGUCGUAUAGAUCUUAUAAAGUGUAAAGAAUAUUUUCUCAAUUGUAUUAUUUGGAAAUCAUAUGACAUAUCAAAUUUGUGCGAGAAUGUUACACGUCUUUUACAUUUUGUAAAAAUCGGAUACAUAAAUCGUGAGAUAAGAUGUCCAUUUCGAGGCGAGUACAACUUCAAAAAUAUUACUUUUGAUAAAGAUACAAUUCUUCCAACUAUUUUCGGACCAUUGGAUAAAUCGUGGGACUUCAAUUCGAUCAAAUUAAACAUAAAGAUUUUUAACAUCGAUCACUUUGUGUUGUUAUUUGGUAAUGGAAAUGCUAAAAUCUUGUCUUAUAGAAGUAAAAAAAAUUAAUAUCUUAAGAUUUUAUAAGUACA